AGCACCAAAUACACAAAUUAGAUUCAAUUUUUACUCUUAUUGUAUUCAGAGGAGGACAAAAUGCAGGAGUUGUUUAUAUUUGCUGUGACCAUGGCAUAUGUCUCGGCAUCGGCUUAUCAAGAUCAACCUGAAAUUGAUAAUAGUUCCAAUAUUGGCAACAUGCACGGACGUAAUGCUUUGCCCUGUCAAUUUCCCUAUCAAGUCAGACUUUUGCUGAAGAAAGACCAAGAACGUGCUUACUGCGGCGGCUCUUUGAUUGAUCACCGUUGGGUUCUGACAGCCGGCAGCUGCACAGUCGACGCCGAUAAUGUCACCGUUCAGUUGAGUAGUCAGAACUCAAGCCCAUAUAUGACGCACAUAGUCAACAAGAAAGACAUCAUCGUAUUCAAGGACUUUAACGAUUCUAUACCUUUCGCUGAUAUUUCACUAAUUCGCAUUCCAUAUGUUGAAUACAACAAAAACAUUCAACCCGUUAAGCUACCGACGAUCCAACCACAAUUUCAAACCUACGCUGAUUCUGAGGUUGUCAUUACAGGCUGGGAAAAUACCUUUAAUGCUUCCAACCCAGAUGGCGAAAUACUCCAUUACGCUAUAUUAAAAAUUAUAAACGACACAGAUUGCAGGACAAUAUAUGGAGAAAUAAUUUCCUCUGCCCUCAUCUGCGCUUCGACCACCUCGGAUAUAUCCCCAUGGAUAGGCGACUCUGGUGCACCAUUGCUGCAAUUGCCAAGUUUGGUCCAGAUUGGUAUAACUUCGUUUCAUACCCCUGAUAACCAAUUAGGAUACACCGCUGGUUUCACCCGCGUGACUAGUUUUCUUGAGUGGAUCAAGCACCAAACAAGCCUCACUUUGUAA